AUGCCACCCAAAGGCAAGGGCGAGCAGCCCAAGGUGAAGAAGGUCGCCGUAGACAAGACCUUUGGUAUGAAAAACAAGAAGGGAGGAGCCGCCCAGAAACAGAUUGCCCAGCUCAAAGCGACCACUGCAUCGGGAGGCACGCCUGACGAGAAGCGCAAGGCGGCAGAGAAGGCGCAGCGUGAGAAGGACAAGGCGGCGGCAGAGGCAGCCCGCAAGGAAACCGCCGAACUCUUCAAGCCCGUACAAAUCCAAAAGGUGCCUUUCGGAACCGACCCCAAGACUGUCUUGUGCCAGUUUUUCAAGAAAGGAAACUGCGAAAAGGGCAAGAAGUGCAAGUUUAGCCAUGAUCUGAAUAUCGAGCGCAAGACCGAGAAGAGGAGUUUGUACACCGACACCAGAGAUGAAGACAAGGAGGCCGAGGAGGAGCGGCGGAAGAAGGAUAACAUGGAUGAUUGGGAUGAAGACAAGCUGCGACAGGUCGUUCUAAGCAAGCACGGCAACCCGAAGACGACGACGGAUAAAGUGUGCAAGUACUUCAUCCAAGCUAUCGAGGAUCAGAAGUAUGGUUGGUUCUGGGUGUGUCCCAACGGAGGCGACAAGUGCAUGUACAAGCACUCUCUACCACCUGGUUUCGUCAUCAAGACCAAGGAACAGCGCGCCGCCGAGAAGGCCUUGAUGGCCAACUCCCCGCUCAACACCCUCACCCUCGAAGACUUCCUCGAGUCCGAACGCCACAAGCUCACCGGCAAUCUCACACCGGUCACGCCCGAGACAUUCGCCAAAUGGAAGAAAGAACGUAUCGACAAGAAACAAGCCGAGGAAGAGGCCAAGAAACUCAAGGAUGCCACUGGUCGUGCUAUGUUCGAAAAGGGCGACUGGGCACAAGACAGCGAUGCGGAUAGUGAUGAUGAGGACGAUGGAGACGCGUGGAAUUUGGAGACUAUGAGGAAGGAGACUGAGGCGGCGAGGGCAAAGAAAGAAGAGGAGAGGAUGGCUGCUCAACUUGAGAAAAUGGUUGUAUCUUGA